AUAAAAAUAAAAGGAGUCUCCGUCUCUCGCAUAUCGACUAUCGUUUCUGUUACAGACUGUGGAGGUAGAGCCGAGGAGAGAGAAAGAUGUCGCUGGUAUGGAUGGAAGCACUACUUCCUCUCGGAAUCAUAGCCGGAAUGCUCUGCGUCAUGGGGAAUGCUCAGUAUUACAUUCACAAAGCCGCCCACGGCCGGCCGAAGCACAUCGGGAACGACAUGUGGGACGUGGCCAUGGAGAGAAGGGACAAGAAGCUCGUGGAGCAGGCGUUUGCCCAUAUCCAGAAGUAGAUUGCCUUUUCCGGAACCGUUGUGAAUGGAAUUUCGAGAAGCAAUAAAGUCAUGAUCCCAUUCAGAAAGAGCCUAUGAGCAACUCCAAUCACUAGUCUUUUCGUUGUAUAAGAACUUGCAUAAGCUGUCAGACUGGUUAUGGGAAAACUUAUGUACUCGAGUGAUUUUAUUUGUAAUGUUAACCUUUGGAUGUGAUUCGGGUAUGUCUUUCCCGUCACACAGUUAGUGCCAGCGAUUUUUAUCGUCCACACGAA